AUGUUUUUCCGAAAUCGAUCAUUUUUUUAUGCUUUUGUGCCGACGAUAAUCAUCUUUUUGAUUAUUUUUUGGCCGGAUUAUGAUAAAGAAAAGAUUGUGAAAGCAUCUGAUACGGCUAAAUUAUUCUUUAAAAAGUUUCUUGAACGAUUUUCGGUGAAUGAAAAGCAUUUGACUGUGUUAUUGGUUGUGGUGACAGAAAUGGCCGAUGAAGACAUUCAAAGAGCAAUGAAUUUCCUUGAAUGGUUAUGUCCAUCAAGAGAUCAAUGCUCAUUACAAACGCCUUUUUAUCAAAUGAUUUCACAAUAUCGGGUAUCGAAAAGACACCGUUUAACUGCUUGUACAAUCUACAAGAACAUGUCCACUCUUCUCACAGCUAUCAUGUGCUAUUUGCAUAAUCCAUUUCUUAUAAAAACUGCUGGCAAUUUUCGCAAUCAAUGGAAUGAUAAUAGAUCUUGUAUUGGAAAAAAUGAAUUCUUUAAACAUCGGCAAGUCGAAAAAUUCUUGCAAAUCCCUUUUGAUGAAUCGAAGAAUUUCGCACUUGUCCGCGAACCGAUGGAAAGAUUUCUCUCGGGAUUAGUCAAUCAAUGCACCAAUCUAAAGAGAUGUGGUGAUUGUGUAAAUGCGGAUUGUUUGUUGGGAAUGCUAGAGAAGAAUGGGCGAGAAACGGUGCGAAGAGAUGAUUUCAAAAUGGGAAAUGGUGGAUAUUCAAUCGAUGAACAUGUCAAUCUACAUUUUCUUCCACAAUUAUGGCAAUGCGAGUUCAGCAGUCAGCUCUCAAAUUACAAAAUUCUGAAGUACAGCAGUGCGGAUACUGAAGGAAUUGCUAGACAAUUAGAAGAAUUAUUCGGAAAAGCUGGUGUUAAUGGACAAGAAAUCGAUUUUAUCAAAGAACAAUUACAAGGAGGACGAUCCCUUCAUUCCACAGUUGGUGAUGAGAAAAGAAAAGCAAUUGAGGAAGAGCUCAAAGAAUCUCCCGUUUUGAUGAAACGCUUCAUGGGACUUUUCUUCUUUGAUUAUCUGCUACUUGUCUCUCUUCUGCCGCCAAUUGUCCGCAUCGAUCGCUCGGAUAUCAUUCAAUUUCUCAACUUGAUUCAGAAAAAUCGUAAACAAACUGCAAUUCGACCAUCGACUGUAAAACUCUGGCGUAGCACUUCGAGUAUGAUCUUUCAAUUGGAACAAUUGAAGAAAGCUGGAUACAUGAAA